CCAUGGCAGUGGCAACGAAACUAUAGACCUGUGUGAUACUAUCCAACGUAAACAAUUGUGCUAUUUGGCCAGUGUUCCAAACUAUUUGUGGUGUUUUGAUCCCGUUUUCCGUCAUAUGAAAGUGUUGUGCCACAUCCUGAGAGGCCGUUGAACCGUGCGAAAGAGGUGAUAAAAAAACUGGGUGCGCCGUUUUCUCUUUCGGAUUCGAUUGGAUUUUUUGGUGAGAGUACUUCCGAGAUGGAAAGACUCGUUUCUUUUAGAAUAUUUCCUGUCCAAUGAGCGUGGGAACAUCUAAAAUACGAAUAAUCAAGCAAUCGGUGAUGAAGGUUGAACGGAGUCUCACAAAAUGGACCCAAAUGGAUCAACCAAAAACAUGUAUAAAAGAAAGAGUUGGAGGUUCCCUAACAACAUUAUCUUAGUCACAUUGUACAUAUUCCUCUUUAUAGUCACAGGCGAAUGCCAGAAUGACAAAGAUCAAUCCAGUCAUAUCGAUAGCUUAACCAAAUCAGACAUAAAUAAAUUAGAUAAUACACUAGAUUCUAAUAAAUGCCAUAGCUGUCAAAUUAGUAAUAGUAAUCAUAAAUCUAACAAAAAUGAAGAUCAAAGCAGUAAUAUGUUAGCUGAUUUUAUAGAUACGGUAAGCACAUUUUCGGAAAAAUAUGUCUUUGUGAAUGGAACCGAAAGGAAACUGCAAAAUUUAUUAGAAAAAGUGUUAGAUGAAGCAAAUAAAAAAGAUAGAUAUGAGAUAAUUGAUGGAGUGGAGCUUAAAACGAUAUCGAAAAACGAAACAAAGAGAUCCAAGAAGAGUCUAGAGGUAAAAAAUGAAGAAAGAGCUUUGUUCAGCUCCUACACUUAUGAGUAUAGAUUGUUUCAAAAGAUAAAGAACUUUAUUGAUACCCACAUUGUAUCUAUCAAUCUACCGAAAGUGGUUGGACUUCGCUCGUUUGGACUGAAAAAGUUCUUUCUGCCGCUUCUAAUCGGCGCACAAAUUUUCAAGAGCAUACUCAUCGCAAUGUUUCUCCCCAGCCUUUUGGGAAGUUUCGGGAAAAUCCUCGGAAAAGGUAUAUCCCAGAUAUCGGCUGCUUCAAGCCAAGCGAGCUAUCCUCCGGCGAACACGGACGAUCAAAUGGCUUACAACAAUGACAACGGCAACUUCAUGGGCUACGAAACUAACCCAGCGGCCACGUAUGCUUACUCUCCAGACAUGUAUGGGAAUAUGGAGGCCAAUGACGUCAACGAUGCAGCUGGUGAUGAUAGUUCAAGAUUCGGACCUGGAGGUGCCAAGGUGUCGUAUUUACCAACCAAGAACGGUUACUACAAAAAUCAGAUGUCCACGAGCAACAACUACAAGAUAUUCCAGAAAAUUCCAGCUUCCUCUAUGAUCUUGAGCAACUAUGAUCCUUUUUACUCACCGCUGCUUUCACGGCUCGACGGAAUCUUCGCAAGGCUAGGUCUUGCCCCAACAGAAACUACGACAGAAGACGGCAUGAUGAUCGGCGGUCAAACCCUCAGCGAUGUGAAGUUAGAAGCCUGUAGGGAGCAGCUGAUUUGCUUGAUGUACUCUAGUCCUGCCAAGUAUGCGCCCUAUAGCAACUUGGUGUCAGCGCAGUUGAGUAGAGAACUCAACGAACUACGUCGGCCAGUGUCCGACAACCCGGAAAUUCUGCGUUUCUUCCGAUAUAUGCGAGCUGCGAGGAGGGGCCAGGAAGGCACGGACUGCAUCAAGGCACAUCCGGCUUGCGCGACCAACACUGCACCUUCACACACUAUGAUAGCGGCUUACCAUGAUAUCAAUAAACUUGUCACCGCCAGAAAGCUAUUUUUUACGUAGACGUUGAUUGGUAAGUUGGCAAGGUACUAUAACUACUGAGGAAUUUAAUAUCUGCACAAUAAUUCUGUUUCAACUACUUACGGCGGAGCUUUUUUUAUAAAGAAAAUAUUUUUCAAUCUACUAGGGGAACGAUUUCAUUUUAUAAUUAUUAUAUAAUAUUCAACAUACAUAAUUGGAAUCGGAAAAAACAUCCAAUACAUGCUGCACACCCUAUACAUAGCUAUUAAUUUCAUUGGUUGCUAACUUGGUUGAUUGUUACCGCUAGAUUACAUGAUACGUUUAUUUCAGCAAUGACCAGAUAAUUUACAGAAUACCGUGUUUGAAGUUAAAGCGCAGAAUUUCAGAAUUUUACCUUCUUACCUUAACUGAACUAAACCUAAAAUCAUAGAACAGUUUUUUUUUUGUUAUUAUUUGAAUUUCAAUUGAUAUACGCACUUUAGCGGUUAUACAAUAUACUAUAGGUACAUUGUAUAUAUUACUUACACAGCAUGUGGGUCUUCCCACAACUGAAAUAACGACUAGUGAAAUAAGCCGGGUGAAAAACAAAAACAACCAAUGAAAUUCACAAGUUCGUGGUAAACACCAUGUUAUUUUCUAGAAAAAUAUAAUAUUAUUUUUGUGACCCACUUGUAUAACGUAUGACACGAGAAUCUUAUUAGCGGCAGGAAAUCAUCUUGGGAUUUAUAGCGAUGUGGGUUGACCUUAACCUCGACUUAUACUGAUCGUACAUUAUAGCAUUACAGCAUUACCGCAACGCUUUUCGGAACUUAAAAUCCCAAUGUCGUCAGUUUACAGAAUAUGUGCACGGGAAAAUUAAACGAAAUCGCACAUUGCUUCAAGAUCUGCAAUUAGGAAGAGGUGAUAAAAAUGCAUGUACAGUUAUUAGGUACCUAGGUACUAAAAUAGAAACUUUUACGACUCUUGAUCUCCUGUGAGUCUUGUGGAUAAUCUCGUGGUAUACAACUUUUGAUUCCGUUUUUAUUAGGUACCUAUAGCAGACGCCUUUCUUGAAUUCCUGAUGUUUAUAUUUGGGCCAAUACACAAUCCAAAGCCUCGCUUCGCAAGUAAUAUGCGUCACAUGGGUGAUGUGUGUAUGCUUUUCUUCUGUUCCCCGCCGCUUGCUGCAGACAACAAUAACUUAGGUACACAUAUAUUGUUAUUUUCUUACUUGUAGUAAUACAAAUAAAGUUAAUAAUAAUAAUAAUACCUGUUUAGUGCCAAAGCGACGGUACUCGUCACCACCUCCAUGCAUACAAGACCAGUUAUCUGCAAUAAGAAGUGUUUUUUUUUAAGAAAUGCGCCAUCAUGUGCGGCUCAUGCGGUAAAUAUGCUAUAAUGUAUGAUCAGUUUUAUACUCCAUUUUCGUAAAGGCAAAAUAUGGGAAAUGUAGUUCGUUUUAUAAAUACAUAAGCAUAAUCUGUUACAGUUGACGAAAGCGGGAAAUCAAAAAAAAAAUUGUAUAAAAAAUUUCAUAACUCCACCAUUUUCCUGCUGUUAAGUUUAGGUUGCCAUACUCAGGGAAAGUAAUAGGAACCAUUAUUGCAAACUUUAUGCCGUUAUCAAGCAUCUCCUCUAUAUUUUCCACGGUCUCUUAUACCAUAAUUUUAUUUAAUGGAAUAAAGAGCUUUUCAACUGCAAAAUAAAUUUGACAAUAAUUAUUAUUAAUAAGCUCAAAUUUAUUUGGCGGUUAUAAAUCGAC